GAAAUACGAAAAUCACACACGGAGCGUCCAUAAAGGCGAAUCACAUAUGUACAAAUAUUUCGUAUGAAAAUGAUUAGGUAAAUAUUUAGGUAUUUGUAUGUAUGCACGUUUAAAUGGGAUUCAAGGAUGCCUGCAGCUCAAGAUUUCCGGUUUAUGCUGUGAAUUCGGUCAGUACUGGUAGCAGAACGCACCGCAAAUGCAGUUCACUGGCUCACUUAUUUUGGUCUUCAGGAACCAAAUCACGAAAUCACAAAUCUGGAGCCAAUGUGGAAAGAGUUUUCACUGGCUCCAACGGGCGUUUCUUCAUAAUGACGCAGCGCUGUAGGUGGAAUCUUUGUCAACGCCGUUGUCGAGUGGUCGGUAGCAGCAACGCAGGGAACUUGUCUGCAGUCAUAGACCACACGCUCUGCGGGAAACACGAGCGGCAGUAUUGGAUUCGGAUUGCCUUUCGGACGAACUCUGUCCACGAAGACAAUCAAAACAAAAGAUCCCGUGGAAGUGUCAGUUUGGCUAUCGACCUGUAUUUGUCGUUAUCAUCGUUGGAAACACCAGCGAAAACUGGCAAAAAAAAAAGAUAAAAGCUUCACCGGGAACAAUGAGUAAAGCCGUGACUGCCGCCCACGAGCCUACGAUUCACUACCUCGAUAGUGUUCUCAGUGAAGAGGAGAAACGGUGCGACUACAACCACCAAUGGCGCAACUUCUCCAUCUCUCGAUCGGGACGUUUCCGGUCGAAGGUCAAGAAGCGGGACGCCGUUGACUGCAAGCUCUUUGACGCUGGAUCUCCACAGGAAAAAGAAAAGAUCUCAAGUCGCUGUUUGUUAAACGGAUUGCCCCCGACGAAAGGACCGAUGACGGCUCCAGGAACACAUACGAGAAGCGAACGUGAACAUACGGAGAACUUUAAAAGUUUUUACGAAACGAAUUUAUAGAUAAUUACGCUCUGUAAAGUAGGUGGCUUUAUUGACUAUGUAUUUCCUUAUAAUAUUUACCUUGCAUAUGUAUAUUAUUUACUACGGCGCUUUAUUUUAUCAGAUUGGGAGGAUAAAAAAGGGAAACUGGUUAAAAAAUGGGACGUUGGCUGCGCAGCGCAGUGAAGACGAGUACACUUUGUGUGGCUUUAUUAACCGUGAUUAAGUGUUUAGUAAGGCAGAUUUAAUACAUCGUCACUUUCUUUAUGCUUAGAUCAAUUAGACUAAUUAAAAUUAUUAUAUACUGCAUUCCAGUUUGCUUAUAUUGUUAAUGUAUUAAAAAGUGAUAACUGUACCUAAAAAUAUGCCCUUAAGCUUAUAGUUAUAUCAUUUAAAUCAGUUUAAAUCAGACCAAUAAAGAACCAAGUUCGAUUAAA